AUGUCGGCGCCCGUGGAGCUAGUUUUAACAGCGGAUUCAGCCGGACAGCUGUGGAACUGUGCCGUUUUCGACCCCCAUACAGGGACUAAUCUGUUAUCUUACCGAGGAGGAAACUCGUCCCCUCGCUCUCUUACAGUCCUGAAUGGAGAAUACAUCCUCGGAGCUCAGCUGGGCAAGAAUUUCAUCAACGUGUGGGAGAUACAAAGAAAGGACCAGCUGCAACAGAAGAUUGUUUGUCCUGGGGUUGUAACCUGUCUAACAGCUUCUCCCGAUGGCCUGUACGUGCUGGCAGGCAUUGCUGAAGCCAUAUAUCUGUGGGAGGUCUCAACAGGCAACCUUCUGGUUAUUUUGAGUCGGCACUAUUUGGACUUGAACUGCCUGCGCUUCACAGAUGACAGCAGCCAUUUUGUGUCCGGAGGGAAGGACAAUUUGGCUCUUGUGUGGAACCUUGCUAGUGUUGUGCAGUUGGACUCGUCUUGCGUCCCCGAGCCUCGACACGUGUUAUCACGCCACUCUCUCCCCAUCACGGAUAUCCACUGUGGGCUGAUGGGACCUCAGGCCAGAGUGGCCACUGCAUCCCUAGAUCAAACUGUCAAGCUGUGGGAAAUUUCUUCAGGAGAGAUGCUUCUGUCUGUCCUCUUUGACGUCAGUAUUAUGUCGGUCACUCUUGACCCCUGUGAAUACUUCCUGUUCUGUGGAGGAACCGAUGGAAACAUUUUUCAGCUGUCUCUCUGUAACACGGCUUUAAGUCAUGAUAAGACCUUCCAGUCUGAGAGCGAAGGCAAUCAGGUGUUUAAAGGCCACAAGAACGGGGUGACUUGCUUGUCGGUGUCCAUGGACGGCACACUGCUUCUGUCAGGCUCCCACGACGAGACUGUCAGGAUGUGGGACGUCCAGAGCAAGCAGUGUAUCAGAUGUAUCAACCACAAGGGUCAGGUGACCAAUGCCGCCAUCAUCCCAGCUCCUGCCAACAUGUUCCUGCCAGAUAGUCGGCCCAGCAUCCCACUACCUCGCUUCAGUCGUCAUCUGAACAAUUCCGAGCAGGCUGAAGGAGCUGGUUCAGGGGGAGUGUGUGUCAGACUGGGCACCAACUGCCAGGAACCAGAGGAGACCUAUCUGGAGAAAGCAGACCGCCUCCAUACUCUCAUGUGUGCUGUUACAGACAAGAGUGUGUUUGGUGACGGUGAAAACACAAAGGUGCGUGUGUCCGAGUUGGAGGAAGAGGUGAGGACUCUGAAGAAAAUCAACAAAGACUUGUACGAGUUCUCCACACAGCUCCUUACCAAGCCUAAUUAAAAAAGCCCCUCAUACGACAGCCUCACUUAACCAGACAGGAUUUUUCCUUUUCAAAUCUGAACAUCUAUGAAUAAAUGAGACUUCAAUUAAAUAUUCAUUCAAACCAUAUGAAAAUCACUACCAGUGACCUAAAUGAACAUCUCUGACCGGAUGUAAUGAACUUUUUGUGGUUUAUGCCUUUAUUAAUUUUGUAUACAGAGAGAAAUGUGGUACUGACUGUUAUGUACAUUGUGUCUCACAUUUAAGAGAGCAUAAUCUAAAGAAUUUAACCUACAGGUUCAUCUCGGUUCAGUGUAACCUGGUUUGCAGUGAUACAAUGUAUGACAAAUAUUAGUAUUUCAUUGUAUUGUGUUUUUUUCUGUCUCAGAAUUUUAUACUGUAUUCUUAACCCUGAACACAACACAUCAAUAAAAAAGGGAUUUUUGGAUAAAAAAAAUAAUAAGCAUUUUAUUUUUUUCCACCCUAUGUGACAUCCACUAAUCG